AUGGGUGACAGUUCCGGUGAGAGGGUCGUGGAUGCUAGGGCGGAGGUGUCCGAUGACCUCACGGAUAUCUUGCUUUACCAAAUCAUUCUUCUUCUUAGCUCAUUCCAUGAAUUUCUUGCAAUUACUGGCACAUGCCGCUCUUGGCGUGAUGCAAUAUCUUCCUUCCCACCCAUAUAUGCCUUCGCCUUCCCACCUCUCCACCUCAAAGCUGAUAUUCGCUAUGCUCAUCAGCAUAUCACCGGAGAAUACAGUCUUUUAUCUAAUUAUAAAUGGAAACUUAAUGAUCCCAUGAACAGUAACUUAUCUCUUCAUCGUACAGCGCACCGAAACACUCCAAGUUACAUGCGCUUUUUGGGUUGUUCAUAUGGGUAUCUUAUCUUCUCCUGUAGGGAGCACUUCCUCCUAGUUGAUGUUUACACGUGCAUUAAGGUGAAGCCCCCCAAACUCCCAGCAAACCGCAACUGUGAAAUCUAUUGUGGGUUCCUUAUGGCUCCACUCAAUUCGCCAAAGUCGCGCCUCCUCCUUUGCUCGCGAAAGUCCAUGUUCCUAUGGAAAGUUGGAACAACCUCCUGGACAGAGAGCCCCUUUGUUGGUGAAGCUAAAUUCAUUUAUCAGAUUGUGCUCUUUAAAGGUCAGAUGUUUGCCAUGGACUCUCUUUAUAGGCUCAAUACCAUAUCCUUGGCACCUCAGCUCGGCAUGCAGGAAGUAACAGUUUUGUGGCGAGAGGACGUGGUUGUAGGCUCAAGUAAUGUUCCAUGGUUGGUGGUAUGUGGUGACAUGCUUCUCAUGGUUGAUGUGGUUGAGUACUUCUUUCAAGUCUUCCGCUUAGAUUUCUCAGCCAAACCAGCUAAGUGGGUCAAACUGGAAAAGUUGGAAAAUUGGGCUAUGUUUGUUAGCAUUGGGUUGAGGAGCCCUACAUUUUCUUGCAUGAACCCUGAAAGAUGGGGUGGAAAGAGUAAUUGCAUUUACAUUUCGAGUCUUUCAUCUCAAGAUUCUGAUGCUCCUUGGAUAGCAACAGAGCUCGGUCAGUCGAUUUACAGUGCAGCUCACCGCGAUUCAUACAUUCCAGAAGGCGCAAGGCAGGAGAUUGAGAGCUUCUGGGUGCUUCCCAGCUUGGUCUAUGGUGCCGGCAAGUGA